ACUUCCGCCACCGCGGGAAGCCGGAAUCAGAUCAUACAGGAAGUGCUUCGCGGCCAUGCUGGAUAAGGGCAGAAAUCCCUUUUAUCCCUCCUGCAGGCGGUAGAGAUGGAUCUUUGCGAUGUGAAAGCAAGAAUGGGAUUGAUAUGAGACGUUUACCCGGAUUUAUUAAGAAUAACAGGCGUCCCAAUCACCAUGGAAACCUUUACUUCUGUAUUGCCGAGGGAGGGAUAGUUACUGUCAGUCUGGGCAUCCUGAGGACCCCCUUCCUUCACCACCUCUUAUAAUUUCUUUAUUCGGGAUCGUCUGCGACCAUGGAUACGGGCAGGAACCAGAUGACCAAGAGGAUCUUGAACAUUACUCUGGAGAUCAUCUAUCUGCUGACCGGAGAGGACUGUGUGGUUGUGAAGAAGUCCGGCGAGCAUCUGUCGCUCAAGAGUAGUCCCAACGGGUCUGAAGAAUCCUGUAGGAGCUGGAAUCCCACCACAGCGUCUCCGCCGUCCUCGCUGAUGUGUGAGAAGGACAACGGCCAGAAGAUCCUGGAGCUGACCAACACAAUCAUCCAGCUGCUGACCGCAGAGAAGUGGGAGUUGGCAGAAGGCCACCAUGAGCCACAGGAGAACAACACGAUGAAGGAUCUCCAGCCCUUCAGCUCAACCGGUGACGGAUCAGACAGAGGGCCUUCACAGGAACAUCUUUAUGAUCCUCAUUCUAUUCCUGAGAGCGUAAACUCUACGAGUGACGUCAAAUGUUACCAGCAACCAAAAUACUUCAAUGUCGUUCAGAAACUGCCGAAGGAACCGAGGAAUUUUAGUGGCGAUUCGGAGGGGAAUAACGUCAGAGACACGGACAUCAAAAGGGAUUCCUCCUGCGAAGGCGGAGAUAUCACAGGCGCCGUGGCUUCGGCAGAACAAACGUUUCCGAACGACAUCGCAGAAGAACCCUACGAAGAGGGCCACCUGGGGGUCCGUGCAGACCCUGGACCAACGGAGCAAACGGAAGCAGCGUACCCACCUUUCCAGAUCAAAGAGGAGACCUACGCGGGCGAUGAGGGCCACCCCCCCGACGCACCCAUAGAAGACAGAGCGGCGGGCUAUUUACCGGUUCAAGUUAAAGAGGAACCGACGUCCCACGGAGAACCCCGCUGUACGGACCCCGAUGUGAUUCCCCCCGCGGGCGGUGCGCCGAUCGUCCGCUCGGCCAGGGUAAGGAGCGCGAGGAAAAAAUCCACCGCCACGCAGAAUAUGGAGAGCAACAUCCCGUUCAUGACCUGCAGCGAGUGCGGUCGGACUUUCGGCAAACUGAAGGCCUUGAUAGCCCAUAAAAAAACCCACACCACGUUCCGGUUGUACAACUGCUCCGAGUGCCCGGACUUCUUCACCAGUAACUCCGAGCUGUUUAAGCACCUCCAGACCCACAGGGUCAAAGGCUUGGCGUGUUCCUACUGCGGGGAGUGCUUUUCUUACAAGACCAACCUCGUGAUCCACGAGAAGAGCCACACGGGGCAGAAGACGUACUCGUGCUCCGAGUGCGGCAAGUGCUUCACCUACAACUCGUACCUGGUGAGGCACCAGAGGACUCACAAAGGGGAGAAGCCCUUCUCGUGCUCCGAGUGCGGCAAGAGCUUCACCCGGGGCUCCUACCUGGUUCUCCAUCAGCGGAUCCACACGGGGGAGAAGCCCUUCUCGUGCGCCGACUGCGGGAAGCGCUUCACUCAGAGCUCGAGUCUCGCCAGGCAUAAAAUCAUUCACACGGGAUCCAAACCGUUUUUUACGAGCUGAACGGGGGAGGGGAAAUUAUUAUUAUUAUUUUUUUUAAUGGAUAUGUCAAUUUAUUUCUCUUUGGAUAAAAUCCGACUUCUUUGCA